AUGAAGGCCUCUACCAUCUUCACCACUCUCGCCGCAGUCCUCCCUGCCUUUGCCGUUCCCACCGCUCGCUCUACUGGUGGUUCCUUCGGCGGCCUGGCCAUCCACUCCGGCUCUCCCAUUCACCUCUCUUCCGUCAACGCCAACGGCAACGCCUUCUGGGUCAACAAGGACACCUCUUCCUACUGUCCCAACACCACCGUCUCGGACUGCCCCGAAGGCAAAUACACAUACUUUGUCGGCGGCAACGAGACCCUCUCCCUCAGCGUCGAGGUCCCCGGCGGCCAGCGCGCAUACGUUGCUCAGGAUGGAUCUCUCGGCUACACCAUCCCUCACGGCAGCACUGGCGGCCAAGUCGUGAACUACACUGGCUUCAGCCUCGCCGACAGCGGUAUCCACUUGCAAUACAAGGGUGGUGACUUUGUUGCUGUUCCUAUCGGUGAUGCAUACAAGGUUUACGCUGCUGCUGCCGAGAACUCUCCCAAGAACGGUACUGGAUUCUCUUUCAGAGUCCAGGCAGUUGACGCCACUUAUGGUGCCUGGGAGUAUUAA